AUGUACGGCCGCGGCGGCGGCGGAGGGCGCGGCGGCGGCCGCGGCCGCGGCGGCGCCGGAGCGUACUACAAGGCCAAGUACGGCGGCGGCGGGCGCGGCGGCGGCCGCGGCGGCGGCGGCGGCCGCGGAGCAGAUCUCGACGAUCUCGGGGGCUCGUCGCACCGCGAGCAGGCGCAGCACGCACCGCGCGGCCCUCGCGGCACCAGCGCCGACCUCGCCGCCACCCUGCGCCGCAUCGACGGCAAGCCGUACGGGGCGUACCGCGACAUCCUCGGCGCGUGGGACUUCGGCGGCGGCGCCUUCGCGCUCGUCGUCGACCGCGUUCAGUCCGAUCUCUUCGCGCCUCCGAGCCGCGCGCGCGCGAUCGUCCCGGCCGCGGUCGCGCGGUUCCCGCCCGAGCUGCGCGCCACGCCGACGCGCCGCGUCGCCCUCGCUGACUUCCUCGCGCGCCGCUUCCACGCGCUCGUCACGCUCGGCGGCCUCGACCGGCGGCGCGGCGACGCGGGCGGCGGAUGGUCCUCCGCGAAGGGCGGCGAGCUCGGCGUGGACCCGCCCGGUCAGCACGUCCUCGCGCGCACGUCGGUGCUCGUGAACGAGGCUGGCGACGUGGAGGGCCGCUUCACGGUCGCGCUCCCCGCGGCCGGGCGGUCGAUCCAAGGCGCGUGGGCGGCGCGCGUGCUCGUGGAGGCGCUCCCGGGGGUGGUGGAGUCGGCGCUGACGUAUUUCGGCGGCGUCGACGCGGCGGCGGCGACGCGACACGCGGAGAGCGUCGAGGACCAGCGAUCGCUCCGCGCGCAGAUCCGCGCCGCCGGGCUCGUCGCGUUCGUGCGCGACGGCGCGAUAUUGCCUCGGUCGGCGGGGAACGCGGACACGCCGAUGACGGGCGAGGGCGUGGUCGCGUUCCGGUCGCCGGAGAGCUUGCGCGCGGCGUUCGACCUUCCCAACUCGGGCUCAGUGACCGGCAUGGCGAUCAGAGCCGGCGUCACACUCGUCGUCGGCGGCGGCUUCCACGGCAAGUCGACGCUCCUCCGAGCCCUCGAGCUCGGGUGCUACGACCACGUCCCCGGCGACGGCCGCGAGUUCGUCGUCUGCGAUCCCACCGCGGUGAAGAUCCGCGCCGAAGACGGCCGCGGCGUCGAGCGCGUCGACAUCUCGCCGUUCAUCUCGAACCUGCCGUUCGGCAAGCGCACGGACGCGUUCUCGACGCCCGACGCCUCGGGGUCGACCUCGCAGGCGGCGAACAUCAUGGAAGCGCUCGAGGUCGGGUGCGAGGUGUUGCUGAUCGACGAGGACACGGCGGCGACAAACUUCAUGAUACGGAGCGCGGAGAUGCGAAGACUGGUGUCGCUGGAGAAGGAGCCGAUCACGCCGUUCAUCGCCAAGGUGCGGGCGCUCGCGGACGUCGGCCCGGAUCCAGAUGUUACGGGUCCGGGUCCGGGUCCGGGUCCGGGCGACGGCGCGUCGGGUGUUACUCCCCCGACGGGUGUUACUCCCCGGCGGGUGUCGAGCAUCCUCGUGCUCGGCGGCUCGGGCGAUUACUUCGCGGUCGCGGACACCGUGAUAUGCAUGGAGAACUACGCGCCGCGGGACGUCACCGCGGAGGCGGCGGCGAUCGCGAGGGACGCGUUCCCUCCCGGGACGAUUCACGUCGACGAACGCUUCGGGAAGGUCGCGGCUCGCGUGCCGGACCCCUCGAGCGUCGACGCCGGAGCGCGCCCCCCCAAGGUGCCGACGACGGAGACGAUCCUGUGGGGCGACGACCAGCGCGAGAUCCGGCUCGGCGCGGUGGAGCAGCUGUGCGAGCGCGGGCAGACGCGGUUCAUCGCGGAGGCGCUCGCGGCGAUGGCGAGGACGGGGUGCGUCGACGGCGGGCGGACGACGGCGGAGGCGCUCGACGCUUUGGAGGCGCUGAUCGCGGGGGGCGACGGGAUGGACGCGGUAGGGGGCACGAGAGGGGACCUGGCGCUGCCGCGGAGGUUCGAGAUCGCGGCGGCGCUCAAUCGCCUGCGCGGGGUGCGGAUGACGCAGCGCGGCAGAAGCGCGCACAUCCGCGUGCGGUGCAGCGAUAACGUCGUCAACGACGCGCAGCCUUCGAACACCUCGCGCGGUAUCGCCAUCGCGCUCGUGUCGUCCAGGUUCAGCAGCGCGAGCCGUCUCAGCGCGCCGAGGGUGGAUGGAACGGUCGUAAUCCGUGCGUUACGCGACGCGUCGAGCUCCUCCAACUGCUCGCAAUCGCCGAGCGCGUCCGGAAGGUCCGCCAGAUCGUUCCUCGAGACGUUCAGCCGACGCAGCGAUCGCAGCGCGCCCAUCCCCGCCGGGAGCGCCGCGACGCGGUUGCCCGCGAGCGACAGCGUCGCGAGCUUCGUCAGCGCGCUCAGCCCGGCCGCGAGCUCGUCGCGCGUCACCUCGCGAGGGAACAGCGACGGGCCUAUUCGGUUGUCGUCGAGCGUGAGUGUUUUCAGAUGGACGCACGCGCACAGCUCCACGGGGAUCGCCGUCAGGUCGUUCCUCGCGAGCGUCAGGCGCUGCAAGUUUACGAGCGUCGCGAUCGACGACGGCAGCCGCGCGAUCCUGUUGCACGACGCGUCCACGUUCUUCGCCGCGGUCGCGAUCGCGGCGUCGCCGAAGAGCUUCGGUGGGAGCUCCCUCAGUCCCGCGUCGCGGAGACCGACGAUGCCCGUGUUCCUCCACGCGUUCUCUCGCGCGCUCGCGUUCCGUCGAACGUUCUGCUUGGGCGACUUGGACGACUUGGACGUCGACGCGGCCCCGAGGUCGCGGUACUUUCCCUUCUCUUUCGAGCCGCAGAUCCCCAUGACGACGACGAGACGCCACCUCGGCGUGCGCGUACGGUACUGA